GCCUCUGCAAAGGCCUUCAAGGACAUUGUGUUCACUGAGGAAAUAGUGUUAAACGAGGCGUGGACAGAACAAUGAUUUCAGUGGAUUUAUCAAGGGUUGUUGUCAUGUCCUAUCAUAUGCAGAAUUUCACAGGUGAAUCAUCUGAAAGACUACCUGUCCUACAGAAAGCUUCCCAAGGCACUGAGGCUUUGCAUCACUACUACAUGGAGGGAAAUGGUUUGACGAGAAGGACACGCUAUUUGUUGUCCAAGUCUUUGAAAGAGGAGAUCCUGACAGUGAUGUGUGCAGCCUUGAUGAACAACACGCUCAUGUUGAAGAACCGAGAUGUCAACUUCCUGAACGCCGUUCUCACCCAGCUGCAGUUCGAGGUCUUCCAGGAGGCUGACAUCAUCAUCAGGCAGAACACGUCCAGAGACCGCAUGUUCUUCAUCGAGCACCGCCAGUUCCUGGUGAAGACCGACUUCUUCCAGAAGGAGCUUAUUGAAGGAGACUACUUUGGAGAUCUGCCUCCUGACCAAAGGAAGCGUUUGGCAACGGUGCGAGCUAUGACCAUCUGCCAGCUCUUAUCCCUGCACGCAGACAGCUUCCAGCAGGUCCUACAGGCCUUCCCUAACGUCAGGAAAGAUCUGAAGAUGACUGCCCAAUAGCGCCAGGAGGACCUAAAGAAGGCACAACAACAGAGUGAAUCCAAACCUAAAGAUAUGCAGAGUGAAAACUGAGGAGAUAACUGAGUGAAAGGGCCUCGCACAACACCAUUCACUAACACUUAGUUUAAAAAACAAUGUAGAACGAAACAAUGUUACACAUUUUUUGUAAAUAACAUGAACAGAUGCAGGUAUA